AGCAGUCAGGAAAUACACUGAAAGAGUGUCAGGGGAACGUUGGAGUCAGAUGCAGCAGAGGUUGAUUCUUGCAGAGAAGACUGAAAAGUAUUGUUCUUACAGUGAAUCAUAUCGUUCAGUCACUUUGUCCACGCCUAAAGGUUUACAAAGACCCUGAAAAGGUGCAUCUGACUCAUGUUGUUAUCAACACUAAUCACACACGUCCUCCUGAAAGUGAGAACAUCCCACUGGCACAUUCUGCACAUAUUACAACAGCAUGGCUCUGUAGUAGAAGGGUCCAGGUGCUGAACUGGCCUGCCUGCAGUCCUGACUCGUCCCCCAUUGGAAACAUUUGGAGCAUCAUGAAACUAAGAACUCCUCCAACAGCGUAUUUCAGUGGAGGGUGGAUUAAUGAGUUCACCUUUGCACGCUUGUUGGUGAAUGAUUUAUCUAAACAAAGUGAUAUAACCUGGUGUGAAUGUUGUACUUUGUUCCAUAUCUGUGCAGUUAUAUGAUUUUAUAACACUUAAAGCCGUAUAUUGUAAUUACUUUGUGCUCGUAAAGGCCGAACUCAGGACAAGAGUUGGAUCAGCAGGUCUUUAAGAGGCCUUGAGGAUCUGCAUGCAAGAAGAACGAUUACAAAACUGAACAAUGUGUUUCAAACAUGACACACUGAUGUGUUUCUCUUCUUUUAAAUAACUGGAAAAUGUGACAAAGAGAAUCAAAUGUAACGCCUGAUUGUUGGGAGCAAAGUGUAAGAGUCCCAUGUCCAUCUACUUUUAUUGCAUACAGUAAGAGACGUUAAACACACCCUGACUUUUACCACUCUGCAUCUUUCCUCUGCAGUGAACUCUGAUCCAUCCCUCCCCUUCAUUUUACAAAGCAGACUCUGAAAAGCUGAAAGUCCUCAUUCACUGCAGAGAGUCAACAAGAGCAGACGGCUGUCGUCCAUCAGAGCUCAGACACUGUUUCUAUCUGGAGUUAGAGGAACUCUUUGACCGUCACUGAGAGGAGAAAUGGAUCAGAACCAGCUGGACCAAGAGAGAUUCUGCUGUUCCAUCUGUCUGGAUCUGCUGAAGGAUCCGGUGACUACCUCCUGUGGACACAGCUACUGCAUGAACUGUAUUAAAAGUCACUGGGAUGGAGAGGAUGAGAAGAGAGUCUACAGCUGUCCUCAGUGCAGACAGACCUUCACACCGAGGCCUGUCCUGAGGAAAAACACCAUGUUAGCAGAUUUAGUGGAGGAGCUGAAGAAGACUGGACUCCAAGCUGCUCCUGCUGAUCACUGCUAUGCUGGACCUGAAGAUGUGGCCUGUGACGUCUGCACCGGGAGGAAACUGAGAGCCAGUAAGUCCUGUCUGCAGUGUCUGAUCUCAUUUUGUGACAAACACCUCCAGGCUCAUCUUGAAUCUCCGGCUUAUAAGAAACACAAGCUGGUGGAGCCCUCCAAGAAGCUCCAGGAGAAGGUCUGCUCUCGUCAUGAUGAGGUGAUGAAGAUAUUCUGUCGUACUGAUCAGCAGUCUAUCUGUUAUCUCUGCUCUGUGGACGAACAUAAAGGCCACGACACGGUCUCAGCUGCAGCAGAAAGGACUGAGAGGCAGAGAGGGCUCGAGGGGAGUCGACUGAACAUCCAGCAGAGAAUCCAGGACAGAGAGAAAGAUGUGAAGCUGCUUCAACAGGAGGUGGAGGCUAUCAACGGCUCCGCUGAUAAAGCAGUGGAGCACAGUAAGGAGAUGUUCACUGAGCUGAUCCGUCUCAUGAAGAAAAGACGCUCUGAUGUGAAGCAGCAGGUCAGAUCCCAGCAGGAAACUGAAGUGAGUCGAGUCAAAGAGUUUCAGGAGAAGCUGGAGCAGGAGAUCACUGAGCUGAAGAGGAGAGACGCUGAGCUGCAGAAGCUGGCACACACAGAGGACCACAACCAGUUUCUACAGGACUACCCCUCCCUGUCAGGACUCAGUGGAUCUACACACUCAUCCAGGAUCAAGACCCGUCCUCUGAGGUACUUUGAGGAUGUGACAGCGGCUGUGUCAGGAGUCAGAGAUAAACUACAGGACGUUCUGAGAGAGGGAUGGACAAACAUCUCACAGACAGGGACUGAAGUGGAUGUUUUACUGUCAGAUCCAGAACCAGAACCAGAGCCCAAGACCAGAGCUGAGUUCUUAAAAUACUCACGUGACAUCACACUGGAUCCAAACACAGCAAACACAGAGCUGUUAUUAUCUGAUGGGAACAGAAAAGCAACAUUUAUGAGACAACCUCAGUCUUAUUCUAGUCACCCUGACAGAUUCACUGAUGAUCCUCAGGUCCUGAGUGGAGAGGGUCUGACUGGACGUUGUUACUGGGAGGUGGAGCAGAGAGGAAGAGUUUCUGUAGCAGUCGCAUACAAGAAUAUCCCCAGAGCAGGGAACUCUACUGAAUGUGUGUUUGGACGCAAUGACAAAUCUUGGGCUUUAGAUUGUUUCCUCAACAGAUAUAACUUCAUGUUCAACAAUGUGAAGACUCCUCACUCAGGUCCUCACUCCUCCAGAGUAGGAGUGUACCUGGAUCACAGAGCAGGUAUUCUGUCCUUCUACAGCGUCUCUGAAACCAUGACUCUCCUCCACAGAGUCCAGACCACAUUCACUCAGCCUCUACAUGCUGGACUCUGGAUUUAUUCCUUUGGAUUAUUUGUUGGAUCAGCUGAGUUUUGUAAAGUGAAGUAGACUGAAGUCAUUUCAGGGACAGUGGGUUCAGUUUUGUGUUUUAACUCUUCCACUUGUUUUGUCUUCCUGUUUGUUGCUGAGAGCUGAUUGUUGUGGCAUUUCCUCGCCUGUCAAUCAAACAUGUGGGCGGAACUUUGACGUCUUAAUAUCUGUUGUGUUGUUUUGAGUUUUGCUUCUGAUUAUGCGAUGCUAAAUUUAACUUUAUGCUAUUACGUAAUGUUCAGUAAACAAUCUAAAAAAAAACUGUAUUUUCAAACCAAGUGUUGAAGUCUAAUCAGAAGGACAUGAUUAAAGUUUGCAGUGACUUUCAGGAGUCUGCACUGUUUAGGAGUGAUGACAUUGAUUUUGGUUUAGUAGUGUAUCUUUUCGGCAGUGAGAGACGGCUCAUAUUAAUGAAAAUUACUCUGUAGCUCAUUAUUGAUAGGAAAGAGGUCUACUUUGUGUUUUUAAACUCCUUUCAUUAACAAGUAACUGAUCAGAGAAGGUCCAAUCUGUGAAUAUCUUUCUAUCUUUACUAAUUUAAUGAGGCUGUAAAGGAAGUCCAUGGUGCAUUGAAACGGGCAAAGGGCAGCUUGAGUUUGAUUUCUCACAGAUUUACGUCUUUAAAUUCUCAAAAUGUUCAAGUUUGAUUUCUCUUUGUUUACACUGUCAAUGCUGAC